UCUCUUCUCCCAUGAGCCCGCACUGCACACUCACUCACGCUGUCGCCUUCCAAGGAAUAUCAUACAAAGUUUCAGAGCCAUACAGUGAUCAUGCUGGAAGAAUAGAUCCGCCUGACAUCGCUUUGAUUUGGAGCGCGAGCGCCGUAAACGCUUCUGACUGAGCGAGACGCGUCACAUCUACCGAGAGCAGGAGUCAGGGAAAUCAGCUCCAGGUGAUUUUCAUUUGUGUAACCUGUUCCCAAGUGUUCCCACGCAUAAUAGAGAGACACGUGAUCAUAUACAAAUGUAAGCAAGGUUUGAAAUUAUUAAGUUUUAGUCAAAUAUUAUCUCUGUGUGGGAUUAUUGUGGUCCAUUUGCAGUUUACAAAUGAUUUAUAAUUAUGUUCAGGCCCCCGACAAUCCACUCAAGAAGAAAAUCGUCCUGAGUCUGAAACCAAUUUGUAAGUCGCUCUGGAUAAGAGCGUCUGCUAAAUGACUUAAAUGUAAUGUAAAUGUAAUCUAGUCCCUGCUUGAGCCUGUUUGUGGGUGAAUGAGUGACAGCUACAGUUGAAGGGAAGUCUACAUACACUUAGGUUGGAGUCAAUAAAACUCGUUUCUCAACCACUCCACAAAUGUGUUGUUAACAAACUAUAGUUUUGGCAAGUCGAUUAGGACAUCUACUUUGUGCAUGACACAAGUCAUUUUUCAAACAAUUGUUUACAGACAGAUUAUUUCACUUUUAACUCACUGUAUCACAAUUCCUGUGGGUCAGAAGUUUACAUGCACUAAGUUGACUGUGCAUUUAAACAGCUUGGAAAAUUCCCCAAAAUUAUGUCAUGGCUUUAGAAGCUUCUGAUAGGCAAAUUGACAUCAUUUGAGUCAAUUGGACGUGUACCUGUGGAUGUAUUUCAAGGCCUACCUUCAAACUCAGUGCCUCUUUGCUUGACAUCAUGGGAAAAUCAAAAGAAAUCAUCCAAUUGUAGACCUCCAUAGGUCUGGCUCAUCCUUGGGAGCAAUUUCCAAAUGCCUGAAGGUAACACGUUCAUCUGUACAAACAAAAGUACUCAAGUAUAAACACCAUGGGACCAUGCAGCCGUCAUACCACUCAGGAAGGAGAUGCAUUCUGUGUCCUAGAGAUGAACGUACUUUGGUGUGAAAAGUACAAAUCAAUCCCAGAACAACAGCAAAGGACCUUGUGAAGAUGCUGGAGGAAUCAGGUACAAAAGUAUCUAUAUCCACAUUAAACAAGUCCUAUAGUGAUAUCACCUGAAAGGCCGCUCAGCAAGGAAGAAGCCACUGCUCCAAAACCGCCAUAAAAAAAGCCAGACAAUGGUUCGCAACUGCACAUGGGGACAAAGUUUGUACUUUUUGGAGACAUGUCCUCUGGUCUGAUGAAACAAAAAUAUAACUGUUUGGCCAUAAUGACCAUUGUUAUGUUUGGAGGAAAAAGGGGGAGGAUUGCAAGCCGAAGAACACCAUCCCAACCGUGAAGCACAGGGCUGGCAGCAUCAUGUUGUGGGGGUGCUUUGCUGCAGGAGGGACUGGUGCACUUCACAAAAUAGAUGGCAUCAUGAGGCAGCAAAAUUAUGUGGAUAUAUUGAAGCAACAUCUCAAGACAUCAGUCAGGAAGUUAAAGCUUGGUCGCAAGUGGGUCUUCCAAAUGGACAAUGGCUCCAAGCAUACUUCCAAAGUUGUGGAAAAAUGGCUUACGGACAACAAAGUCAAGGUAUUGGAGUGGCCAUCACACAGCCCUGACAUCAAUUCUAUAGAAAAUUUGUGGGCAGAACUGAAAAAGCGUUUGCGAGCAAGGAGGCCUACAAACUUGAUUCUGUUACACCAGCUCUGUCAGGAGGAAUGGGCCAACAUUCAUCCAACUUUUUGUGGGAGCUUGUGGAAGGCUACCCAAAAUGUUUGACCGAAUUUAAACUAUUUUAAAUUUUGAGUGUAUGUAAACUUCUGACCUGCUGGGAAUGUGACGAAAGAAAUAAAGCUGACAUUUCACAUUCUUAAAAUACAGUGGUGUUCCUAACUGACCUAAAACAGAGCAUUUUUUACUCUGAUUAAAAGUCAGGAAUUGUGAAAAACUGAGUUUAAAUGUAUUUGGCUAAGGUGUAUGUAAACUUCCGACUUCUAUUGUAUGUGCUCUCGUGGGUCAUUGACAGUUGAGGAGGGUAAAAUAAGAUGCUUUUUGUUGGUAGAUCAAAAACCAUCUCUGUUGGCCUUAUUGGAAGACAUACAACCCGUUGUUUAGGCUAUCCCCAAGUAGUGCAUCUGGCUACCUUGAGGUUGAUUUGGCCAGUCUGUCUCUAUUCUGUUAAGGAACAGUAAACUUAUUCUAUUGAACAUUUUUCUACAGGCUAAAGUCUCGUAGCCGCAUAGUCUCCAUCCUAUUUUUAAAGCUGAAGGUUUUGAGAGUUUGUGUAAAAUUGUGUCCCUUGUGUUUGGAUAGCCGGCAGUGCGCAAAGCCUCGAUAGGGAAAUGUCCCCCAGAAUGGAACUUUCAGAGUACCAUCAUUCGAUAGGGAAGUGUUCUCCAGAAUGAAUAAGUUCAGAGUACACUUUGGUUGUUCGAUAGGACAGUGUUCUCCAGAAUGGAUCUUUCAGAGUACCAUUCAGUCGUUCGAUAGGGAAGUGUUCUCCAGAACGGAUCUUUCAGAGUACCAUCAUUCGAUAGGGAAGUGUUCUCCAGAAUGAAUAAGUUCAGAGUACACUUUGGUUGUUCGAUAGGACAGUGUUCUCCAGAAUGGAUCUUUCAGAGUACCAUUCAGUCGUUUGACAGGGAAGUGUUCUCCAGAAUGGAUCUUUCAGAGUACCAUCAUUCGAUAGGGAAGUGUUCUCCAGAAUGAAUAAGUUCAGAGUACACUUUGGUUGUUCGAUAGGACAGUGUUCUCCAGAAUGGAUCUUUCAGAGUACCAUUCAGUCGUUCGAUAGGGAAGUGUUCUCCAGAAUGGAUCUUUCAGAGUACCAUUCAGUCGUUCGAUAGGGAAGUGUUCUCCAGAAUGGAUCUUUCAGAGUACCAUUCAGUCGUUCGAUAGGGAAGUGUUCUCCAGAAUGGAUCUUUCAGAGUGCCAUUCAGUCGUUCGAUAGGGAAGUGUUCUCCAGAAUGGAUCUUUCAGAGUACCAUUCAGUCGUUCGAUAGGGAAGUGUUCUCCAGAAUGGAUCUUUCAGAGUACCAUUCAGUCGUUCGAUAGGGAAGUGUUCUCCAGAAUGGAUCUUUCAGAGUACCAUUCAGUCGUUCGAUAGGACAGUGUUCUCCAGAAUGGAUCUUUCAGAGUACCAUUCAGUCGUUCGAUAGGGAAGUGUUCUCCAGAAUGGAUCUUUCAGAGUACCAUUCAGUCGUUUGACAGGGAAGUGUUCUCCAGAAUGGAUCUUUCAGAGUACCAUUCAGUCGUUCGAUAGGGAAGUGUUCUCGUCUUCAGUCAAGUUUACUAGACUAUUUAACAUAUACAGCUGGAGACUGUGAAUGUGUAGUCUUGUAGUUUUCUUAACCAUUUCAUGUGUGGGCACUGCAUCCUCACCUCCUCUGGUCUGUAUUUAAAUUGCCAACCAUUUCAACAUGUAGCUACAACUCCAUGCUCUCUGGUCUAUAGAGUAGUAGCCAUUUCAACAUGUAGCUACAACUCCAUGCUCUCUGGUCUAUAGAGUAGUAGCCAUUUCAACAUGUAGCUACAACUCCAUGCUCUCUGGUCUAUAGAGUAGUAGCCAUUUCAACAUGUAGCUACAACUCCAUGCUCUCUGGUCUAUAGAGUAGUAGCCAUUUCAACAUGUAUCUACAAUUCCAUGCUCUCUGGUCUAUAGAGUAGUAGCCAUUUCAACAUGUAGCUACAACUCCAUGCUCUCUGGUCUAUAGAGUAGUAGCCAUUUCAACAUGUAGCUACAACUCCAUGCUCUCUGGUCUAUAGAGUAGUAGCCAUUUCAACAUGUAUCUACAACUCCAUGCUCUCUGGUCUAUAGAGUAGUAGCCAUUUCAACAUGUAGCUACAACUCCAUGCUCUCUGGUCUAUAGAGUAGUAGCCAUUUCAACAUGUAGCUACAACUCCAUGCUCUCUGGUCUAUAGAGUAGUAGCCAUUUCAACAUGUAGCUACAACUCCAUGCUCUCUGGUCUAUAGAGUAGUAGCCAUUUCAACAUGUAGCUACAACUCCAUGCUCUCUGGUCUAUAGAGUAGUAGCCAUUUCAACAUGUAGCUACAACUCCAUGCUCUCUGGUCUAUAGAGUAGUAGCCAUUUCAACAUGUAGCUACAACUCCAUGCUCUCUGGUCUAUAGAGUAGUAGCCAUUUCAACAUGUAUCUACAACUCCAUGCUCUUUGGUCUAUAGAGUAGUAGCCAUUUCAACAUGUAUCUACAACUCCAUGCUCUCUUGGUCUAUAGAGUAGUAGCCAUUUCAAGCGUGGGGACUCCCAUCCCUGCGAUUUCUUGACUAAAUGAACAUUUUGUCAUGAGUGCUAUUCAAGCACUCGGGGGGGGGGGUCUGUGCUCACAUGGACGCGGCCACUGACUUGGUUAAGACUUUAUAUGAAAAACAAUUCUCUCAUUUAGAAGGCUAACAUCACAUCUUCUCACAAAUAGUUUCAUUUUUAAUCAUAUCAGUUCCCCAACAUUUAGAUGUGAAUCUGAUCACUGAGAAUUAUACACAUUCAGAUAUACAGUUAUGUUGUUCUACUGCCUUAGUUACAUUGCAAAUCUUUAACAAAUUCAACGGGAUUGUUCUUUAAGUACCCGCGGACCAUUCCAAGUUGUUGGAAUACAGAAAUAUUGUUUCAUUAUAAAACCGUUUUAUGCUAAGUUUUGGCCAAGUCUCUCUGUGUGUUCCACAGUCACACAUUCCACUCUCAAUAUUUCAGUUUUUACGACCGGUCAUAAAACGAAUUGGAAGAAGAGAAGAGGAAAAUCUGGUUUCUAUAAUUCAUGCAAGUCAUGACAGGAGCAAUAGGUAACUAUGCUCUGAAGCAGUUGCCUGAUAAGAGCAUAGGUUGGGGCAAGGAGAGGGACGGAAGCAAUACUGUUACAUUGUUGCCGUACCCGGAUCACUCAGUUGGGCUCUGCCAGGCUGCUGGAUUUGCUGUGGACAAGGAGGAGGUCAAAGGGGGACUCAGGAUGGCUCUGGAUGUUGGUGGCCUGGUGGCAGUGGUGGUCUUCUAUGUCCUGAUCCUGGCCAUAGGGAUCUGGGCCUCCAGGAAGUCCAAGAAGGAGGAGGAGAAAUGUGUGGGCAGCAAGACUGAGGUCAACAUGAUAGGAGGACGCAAUAUCAACGUUUUGGUGGGGGUUUUCACUAUGACAGCGACGUGGGUUGGAGGGGGCUACAUCAUGGGCACUGCAGAGGCUGUCUACACCCCCUCUCAAGGUCUCAUCUGGGCUUUGGGGCCGCUGGCUUAUCUUAUCACAUUCCUAUUGGCAGGGCUAUUUUUUGCUAAGCCAAUGAGAUCACAGCGCUACGUGACGAUGAUGGACCCGUUUCAGCUUCGCUAUGGAAACUCGAUCACCAUCGCGUUGCUGCUUCCCGCACUGAUUAGUGACGUGCUCUGGAUUGCCUGCAUCCUCGCUGCCCUGGGAGGGACGAUGAGUGUGAUUCUGGGCUUGUCCUCGUACUAUUCCAUUGCUCUGUCUGCAGCAGUAGCCAUCACCUACACACUGAUGGGAGGGCUCUACUCUGUGGCCUACACAGACGUCAUCCAACUCUUCUUCAUGUUCAUCGCUCUGUGGCUCUGCGUUCCCUUUCUGGUUCUCAACCCAGCAUCCUCGGAGGUCACACUCGCAGCCUUUUUCAACCAAUCACAGCAGGCGCCCUUGAUGGGCGAACUGAAGUUGGAACAUGCUGGGAAAUGGAUAGAUGAGCUGCUUUUAUUGGCAUUGGGAGGCCUGUCCUACCAGGCUCUGUAUCAGCGUAUCCUCUCUGCAGCAUCGUCCACUCAGGCUCAGGUCACCUGCUUUGCUGCAGCCGGAAUAGUCGUCAUCAUGGGAGUACCCUCGGUCGUCAUAGGAGCAGUAGCAGCCUCCGCAGACUGGAACCAGACGGCGUACGGCCUGCCCUCUCCGUUUGACCGUGGGGAGGCAGGCAAGGUGCUGCCUCUGGCCAUACACUACCUCACCCCUCCCUGGGUGUCUGUGGUGGGCAUCGGGGCCGUGGCUGCUGCUGUCAUGUCCUCCAUGGACUCUGUCCUCCUCUCCUCCGCAUCCAUGUUCACUCACAACAUCUACAAGCGCUCCCUCAAGGCACAGGCGUCGGACAGGGAGUGUGUGUGGGUGAUCCGUGUCAGUGUGUUGCUGGUGGGUCUGGCUGGUACAGGCCUGGCGUUUGCUGAGGACAGUGUGUUUGCCUUCUGGCUGAUCAGUGGAGACCUCAUCUACUGCGUGGUCUUCCCCCAGCUGAUCUGUGUUCUUCACUGCCGCUGUGCUAAUGGCUACGGUGCUACCGCUGGUUACCUUGUGGCAGUCACUCUGAGGCUGCUGAGUGGAGAGCCUCUCAUCCGGCUUCCAACGGCCCUCCUGUUCCCUGGUUGGAGGGAGGAGGGAGGAAUCAUCCGCCAGUACUUCCCCUUCAGGACUCUGGCGAUGUUGUCUUCUCUUGUGUGUAUCCCCCUAGCCUCCAGCCUGGCCACCCUGGCCUUCAGCCACCGCCUGCUGCCCCGCUCUUGGGACCUGCUGGCCGCACUGGGGGAGGAGGAGAGGGGAAAGGAGGGUGACGAUGGGAAACCUGCUGUCACCGAAAAUCUCCUGGCCAUCUCCAGCACCAGCUGCUAGGAACAGAGGGAGGGAGGGGUACGCUGGGAGUCAAGCAGCAACUUCUCCCUCCUAAGGAUGGGCAGGGGUGUUCGUGUGUUUCUUCACUGUCUAAUCAUGCCAUGGGGUUGUUAGGUGACAGACAUGUAUCUAAAAUAAAUCUAUCACUUGACAGUUUCAUUUUAGAGAGACAAAUAACCAUGUUGUUAUAGCAAAAUGCUAUAUAUCCUCCUCACUCUAAGAGAAAGAAGUAGUACGGCUAGGUUUUACACAGUUAAAAGUAAUAAAUAAUAACAUUUUUUAUAAAGAACUGUAUAAAUUAUACAAUUGAUACAUCAAUAUUACAUUUUUAAAGUCAUUAAAUACAGUAAUAUGAGAUCUGUUUGUAAAACAUUUACUUUUUAACAUUUAUGUUUAUUAACAGAUGCUCUUAUGCAGAGCGACUUACAGUUAGUGCGUUCAUCUUAAGCUAGCUAGAAGAGACAACCACAUAUCACUGUCAAAUAUACAGGGCACCAACAUUCCAUUCCAGCUAAACAAUGGUUGUUAUAUAGUGUUUCUGAGAAUUCAAAUAUUUUACACACUUGAAGUUACCCAUGAUGAGCAAUCUUUUCUCAUGAAAAAGCACACAUGAAAAAUUGGUGGAUAUAGCAUUUUGGAAUUAAACUCUUCAAUAACACUGCUUAAGGAGGGAGAAGUAAUUGCUUGGAGGGGCUAAUGAGUACUGAAUAACUGCUCUGUUAUUGUGACUGUCUAAGUGAUCAUUGAGUAUUUAGUAUAGGGUCAAGGGUAGUUAGUUAGCUUUAAUCUCUGGAAAGAUUUUUAGUUGUAUGUUUUCCUGCAUCUUCAUUGUGUAAUCUCUCUCUGCCAUGUAUGUACAGGCUACUCUGUCUUGCUUCAGAGUAGCCUAUAGCCAAAAUCCCACCAUAGAAACGUGGAGGCAAUUAUUUUUUAUAAAGACUUCCUCAUUAUGCUU